UCAUAUUUUGGUAAGACAUCAGGAAGUGCGGAAGAACACCGAAACCCUAAAAGGCUGAAGUUUCACCGACUGCUUUUGCUUUAUUUGACUACUUUUUGUCAAGUUUUCUUAAGUGUUUUUUCGUUUAGUUGUUGGAUUCACCAAGAGCCGAGUCAAGAUGCCGAAAAUGGAAGACCAGCUCUUCAAUUUAAAGUUCGCUGCCAAAGAACUUGAAAGAAGUGCCAAGAAAUGUGACAAAGAGGAAAAAUCAGAGAAGGCUAAAGUUAAGAAAGCCAUCCAGAAGGGGAAUAUGGAAGUGGCAAAGAUCCAUGCAGAGAACGCCAUCAGGCAGAAAAACCAGUCUGUGAACUUCCUGAGGAUGAGUGCUCGGGUAGACGCUGUAGCAUCAAGGGUCCAAUCUGCAGUUACAAUGAACAAGGUCACAAAAUCUAUGUCUGGAGUGGUGAAAGGAAUGGAUAGAACUCUCAAAACCAUGAAUCUGGAAAAGAUUUCGGCACUCAUGGAUACAUUUGAGCGCCAGUUCGAAACCCUGGAUGUUCAGACAGCCCAUAUGGAGGACACCAUGAGCAACACAACGACACUCACAACACCACAGAACCAAGUGGAGGCACUGAUGCAUGAAAUGGCAGAUGAAGCAGGAUUGGACCUGAACAUGGAGCUCCCUCAGGGACAGACGGGAUCAGUGGGUACCAGCGUGGCCUCUGCAGAACAGGACGAACUGUCGCAAAGGCUCGCCAAACUCCGAGAUGGAAUUUGAAGGACGACUGCAGUGGACUGGCACCGUCACGCAGAGUUCCAGAACACUACCUGAAUAUUACUCCCACACACCUUUUUAUUUACAUCAUGUCGCUUCUCCUUUUUACAUCUGGUGUGUCUCUGACAAGGAGCUACUGCAUCAUUGAGGUUUUUUUCCCAUCAGUUGUGGCCCUUAUUGGUUGUGUGGUUAUAAUAACUUUUGGAUUCUGUAAACUAACAGAAAUUCUAGUUAUUGAAAAUGUAUAUUUCUUAAAUAUACAUAUAUACCGGAAUGGAAGGUCUAAUGUAACAUGAUUAUUUCACAUGUAUACUUAAGAAUUUCUCACAUUUUCUUACAAAUAUGGAGCGUGGCACUUUUUGUUCUGUAUUUACAGGCCGAUGUCAUAAAGUUAAGAGGAAUAAGCUGAAGAUUUUGGGCUAUAAAAUUCAAUUUCUUGUUCUUACCCCUGUGUGUGCAGAAAACAUGUAUGCAUUUUCUCUUCUUGUUUUCAGUGUGAAAGACCCUCGUACCUACUAUUGACUGACUUCUUGUUUAGACUUGUUGCAUUUUACUUCUGAGGAAUAUUUUAAGAAGAUAUGGCAUGAUUAGCCCUGUGUGUUUGUCUGGUCAUCUUCAGUAUUUUCACUGAUCAUUUGGGUAGGGGUUACUGUUUGGAGACUACAUUCUGUAAGUACACAAUAAAAUUUUAUAAUACUUUUA